GACUCUCCUAGCAGAAAAAAAAACUAAAAUUGGAUUACAUCACACAAGUUGUUUUCUAAUACUGUGCAAUAAAGCAUUAAACAAAUGUUUUGUUUGUUUGAUUGAUUUAAAUUACUUUUUAAUUUAUCUAAAGUGUGUUUGUGUGUCCAUGCAGCAGGCUCAACAUUUUCAGUGUCUUCUCUGAACAUUUUCAGUGUUUUGCUUCUUAAUCUCUAAAUCUAGGGGUUCUCAGUAGCCCUUAAUGUCUACAAUGUCUGGCUCCGCCCGUGCAUUGAAGGUCAAAUAUAUUAAGUAUUUCAGGAGCUUCAAAGUUGAUCGGACACAGGAUCAGUUUUACAUGUUGUUGGCGCCAUCUUGUGGAUAGUGAAGCGAAUAUUUUUAACACGUAUGUUUCAAGUCGUAAAAAUUAGAGAAACGCCGCAUUAUGCAGCACCAAAUAUCUUAAGAUUAAGAUAGAUAUCUGUUACUUUUGUGCGUAAUAAGUUUCUUUCGGGAUGCAUGCUUAACGCUUUAACAAGCCUUUAUGCAUUUCUCACUAAACUCUUUACGUCAUGCAGCCUCGAGCGUUAUGUGCGUCCGUUAUGCAUCUACGUCAUACACUCACUGUUUCUCUCAGUCCUGUAAAUUUUCCAUUUUAGCUGUCGGGAGCGCCGCCUCUCCAUCCGUGACUCUUCACCGUGACCGCAGAUUUGACUCCUCGCUCCCUAAAACGUGUGGUGCGCGCACACGCGCGGGUACGCGCGAGGUUAAUGCAAGGUGUCUGGUGCGCUCUCCGCAGCAUCACAUCUCUCUGCGCAGUUGUUGAAUCGCAUACCGGGCGCUGACCCGUUCAACAUGACCGAACUGGUGGCGCGAACCCUUCCGUCUCCGUCAGGUGUGCAGAGUCCCGGACCGGACACCUAUAAAGGAUGGCUUUUUAAAUGGACCAAUUACCUCAAGGGAUACCAGCGCCGCUGGUUUGUCCUGAGCAACGGCCUCCUGUCAUACUACAGGACUCAAGCAGAAAUGGCACACACCUGUCGUGGCACGAUUACGUUGGCAACGGUACACAUAGAAGUGGGCGAUACCUGUCAUUUUGUUUUGACAAGUGGAGGGCGGAGCUACCACUUGAAGGCCUGUUCGGAGGGGGAGUGUCAGCGAUGGGUUUCUGCUCUGCAACAGGCUAAAGCAAAUGCCACUCAAAUGAUGCAUCAAUCAGAUGACUCUGGUGAUGAGGGUCCACUGUCCCAGCCUGACCGAGCUCUGAUCCAAGGAGCACUUAAAAAUCUGGUCAGUAAACUCGAUGACCUCAGCACCUGUAAUGAGCUUAUAGGGAAGCAUGGUGCCGCCCUCCAGCGAUCCCUUAGUGAACUAGAGGAUCUGCGUGCCACCAUUGACGGGGCCGAUAAACUGAAGACCGUCAACGAACGAGCAACUCUCUUCCGCAUCACCUCCAAUGCUAUGAUCAAUGCCUGCCAGGACUUUGUGGAUCUAGCGGAAGCGCAUAGCCGGCGGUGGCAGCGUGCACUGCAGUAUGAGCGGGAACAGCGCCACCAUCUGGAGGACACCAUUGAGCAGCUAGCUAAACAGCACAACAGUCUGGAAAGAGCCUGGCGAGAAUCACCCAGCACACACAACAAAGAUUCAGAGAGAACGGCCGAGGGAGAAUCCAGUGAAGAAAAUGACGACAUAGAGUUCUUUGAUGCAAUGGAAGAUUCUCCAGCUUUUAUCACAGUGCCCGCGGACGAUCAGAUAAAGCACAGACACUUGAGCAGCAUGACGAGUGGAAGUUUAUCCAGUAACUGGAGCCAGGAGGACAAUGAUAAUUCAAGCACGUACUUGCGUAGGGGCAGACGUUGUCGCAUCCCAGACAAGCCCAACUAUUCCCUAAACUUGUGGAGCAUCAUGAAGAACUGUAUCGGCAAGGAGCUCUCCAAGAUUCCCAUGCCUGUGAACUUCAACGAGCCGCUGUCGAUGCUACAGCGCUUGACGGAGGAUCUGGAGUACAGUGAGCUUUUGGACCGGGCGGCUCGCUGUGACUCCUCUCUGGAGCAGAUGUGUUUGGUGGCCGCCUUCUCCGUCUCAUCCUACUCCACAACCAUCUAUCGCACGGGUAAACCCUUCAACCCGCUCUUGGGAGAGACCUACGAGCUGGACCGCAUGGAGGAGUACGGCUAUCGCUCCAUUUGUGAGCAGAUAAGUCACCACCCCCCAGCGGCGGCCCAUCAUGUGACAUCACAGCAUGGCUGGACUCUGUGGCAGGAGAUCACCAUCGAUAGCAAAUUUCGUGGCAAAUACAUUUCUAUAAUGCCGCUAGGCAGUAUUCACCUGAAGUUCCACUCGAGUGGAAAUCACUACGUGUGGAGUAAAGUGACCUCCACUGUGCACAAUAUAAUAGUGGGCAAGCUGUGGAUUGACCAAUCCGGAGACAUUAUAAUAGCCAACCACAGGACAAAGGACACAUGCCACCUCAAAUUCUCCCCAUACAGCUAUUUUUCCAGGGAUGUUCCCCGCAAGGUAACAGGCGUAGUGACGGACAGCGAAGGCACCGCCCACUACAUCCUUUCAGGAACGUGGGAUGAUAAAAUGGAAAGCGCAAAGAUCAUCGAAAGCAGCCAUGGAUGUGGAGGAUCUGAGGGCAAGCAGAAAACCGUCUAUCAAACUCUACCAUCAAAACUACUGUGGAAGAAAUACCCUUUGCCCGAAAAUGCAGAAAACAUGCAUUACUUCUCAUCUCUGGCCCUGACACUGAAUGAGCCAGAGGACGGUGUGGCCCCGACUGACAGCCGACUGCGGCCCGACCAGCGCCUGAUGGAGGCGGGUCUGUGGGACGAAGCUAAUGCUGAGAAACAGCGUCUGGAGGAGCGACAGAGGAUGGAGAGGAGGAAGAGAGAGGCACAGGCCAACCUGGCACUACAGGAGGGAAGGGAGGCGGAGAGCUAUCAGCCCCUGUGGUUUGAGAAAAGGACUGAUUCAGAGACAGGAGACAGCACUUACAUGUACAGAGGAGGAUACUGGGAGGCCAAAGACAGACAGGACUGGAGUCAGUGCCGUGCCAUCUUUUAAAGCCUCUCCUAUUAUUUCGAAUGACUGACCUAUGAUCUGUAUCAGGAAUGCUGCAUACCAAUGCUUCCAAGUGAAAAAUGUGGAAUAUAGAAAAAAAAUGUAUUUUAAGCACAAUAGAUGGAGGCACUUUAUUCCACAUCAAUCAGACUGAUGGACAGCAAUCACAUGCAUUAUUAGAGGAAUUUUCUUCAAAGCUGAUGUAUCUCAGUUUGCAGUUGUUUUAGGAUGUUCAAUAUUUCACUGUUUAAUGACAUUGUUGCAGUCUGACAGAGCACACACUAUUUCUGAAGUAUGCAGAUUGAAUUCCUUAUUAAGACUGUGUUGUUUUAUUGAGAUAUAGUAUAGAUAAAGUGUUAUAUGUAGUUCAUAUACAGUAGUACAGACAUCAUCCACAUGCAACUUAGAUAGAAAUGAGAUCAGUAAAUCGAUGUUGCUUCUACUUAAUAACAAGUAUUCAAGCUAAACCAUUAGAUGUCAGAUUUUUAUCCAAGAAUCUAUUUUAUGGCAGUCCAUUUAGGCAUUUAGUACAAGUGUUACGUUAUUGUGUGGGUGACAAAUUAUGACUCAAUGGGCAUUAUAAUAAAACGUGUCCAUAUAAGUCCUAAGUAAAUGUUUGCAAACAAACUAAAUACAUCCAUUCAUUUAAUUUCAUAUUUAUUUAUUUAUUUAAACAGAUGCACAAUUUGAUGACCCAUCAGCAGGUUAGCACAUUAGUACAAAACAUGAUUGCAUAGUUUUUUUUUAUACCAAUUAUGCAAAUCAAGCUAAAUUUAGUGUGUUUGCAAACCUUUGCUAAUGACUUUAUUGUCAACAGCUAGCAUUUUGUGGUAGCAAUACUUCCUAGUUUUCACCUUUACCUGCUAGAUUUCCUGAAUUUAUGCUGCAAGAAACAGUAAUGUAAAAUGUUGACCAUAAACUGUACACAGUGAGAA